CCAAAACCCUAACAUCUUUGUUAUUGGUAGCAAUGAAGAGGAGACACUACCCAUCAUCGGAUUCCACAUCUUCAUCCGACGAUUACUCUUCAUCGGAGGAGGAUGAAAUUUCUACUCAGCGUUUGGCGAAGAUCAACCAGAACAAUAAGAAACCUAAACCUCAAGAAAAGGAAAACCCUAACGGUAAAACCCCCGUUAUUGAGCAACAACCACCAACAAUGAUUCGUUGUGACAAUGUGGAUAUUGGUGCAGCAACUCCCGCAGACGUGAAGGUUUAUCCAGAUUCAUACGUGUAUGAGAUCGAUAUGCCGGGACUGAAAUUCGGUAGCGAGAUAAAGGUUGACGUUGAAGACGAUGAUUACCUUGUGAUCAGCGGAGAGAAGAAGAGGGAAGAAGGUGUUGAAUAUUUGAGGAUGGAGCGAAGAGUUGGCAAGUUCAUGCGCAAAUUUGUCUUUCCUAAGAAUGCUAAUACUGAUGCUGUCUCUGCUAUCUGUCAAGAUGGAGUUCUUAGGGUUACUGUCCAGAAAUUGCCUCGUCCUCCUCAGCCUAAGAACCCUAGAAGAACUAUUCCGAUUAAUGUUUUUCUUUUUUAG